UGUCUUUUGAUGCUGAACUGAACUGGUUCGGUUUCUUCUUCCUUGUGAUUGUGGAAUAGUCGACACUUGGCCGUCUUAUGCUGGUGAAUCACACAUUCCCAGCUAGAAAAUCGCAUCUUUGUUCAGUAACAAUACAAACCUAUACGUUUCCCAUACAUUGUCGAUUUGCAUACAGCGACUACUCUGUUCUCAUCCUUUCGGUUUGGCGUACGGUAUUUUCGCCCAUUAAUAAAAAAAUUGUCGAUUUUUGAAAUAAAUAAAAUGACUCGGUGGGAAAGAUCCCACAAAAGUUGGAAUGUCAAUGCGAUUUCAGAGACAAAGGAGCUUCAAUCAUCAAAUACAAAUUCAUCAUGGAAAAAGUUGAAGCUUCUGCUCUGGAAAAAUUAUACUAUUCAAAUGCGACACAAAUGGCAAACAAUUUUGGAACUCCUUAUUCCGGUCAUAUUCACGGUCGGAUUGGUCGUUAUGAGAGUGAUUAUCAAGUCUGAAGAUUCAACAAAAGCUACUUUUUAUGAACCUAUUGAAGUUACUAAACCACCGUAUCAGACGCUGUGGCGCUGCGACAAAUUAUUUUAUGCUCCAAAAAAUAAUGUGACUGACUGGAUUAUGAACGGCGUGUAUCAGAAAUAUUUUUAUGACGAGGGAUUUGAAUACAACUUGACUGGUUUUGAUACUGAAAAGGAGUUAAUUGACGCAUACCAACGUGAUUCUGGAAGUGUGGAGGCUGACGACAAUUUCAUCGAUAUUCUUUUGGCCUCAAGUCCUGUUCUUGCGGGCGUAGUUUUUGAAGGGGAUUUUGAGAAUGGUGAAAUUCCUAAGGAUUUAAAGUACAAGCUACGAUUUCCUGCAGCCUUACGUGGUAGUUACGAUAUAAUUGAAGAACAGACUGGGUUAAAGGCCGCAUGGUUUGUAGAAAUCUUGUAUCCAUUAGCCCAACUUUUGGGACCAAGAGCGAGGAAUAAAACAGACGGGGGUCUACCUGGAUAUCGAGAAGAAGGUUUCCUGUAUCUUCAGAACGCUGUGGACCAGACAUUUAUGCAGCUUGUGUACAACUCUUCUAAAGAAGACUUGGACAGACUUAAACAAGUGAAUGUGAAAAUUCAGCGGUAUCCCUACAUCCCGUACUCGUUCGACCUCUACUUAUUCGCCAUGCAGGGUUUCCUUCCGCUUCUCAUGCUGAUGAGCUUUAUCUAUCCCGUCAUCAAUAUUACAAAGUCCAUCGUUCUUGAAAAAGAGAAACGUCUCAAGGAAUCCAUGAAAAUGAUGGGCUUACCCAAUUGGCAGCAUUGGCUGGCUUGGUUUAUAAAGUCAUUUUGUUUCCUGAUGAUAUCGUGUUUAAUUAUCACGAUUUUACUUAAGGUUCGGUUUUCUGAAGCCCAAAAAUUGCCCAUAAUUCCAAAAACGGAUGGGACCCUCUUAUACUUCAUCUUGCUUAUUUUUUCAUUCUCCGCAAUAUGCUUCUGUUUUUUUGUUUCGUCAUUUUUUUCACGAGCAAACCCGGCGGCCACUGGUGCAGGAGCAAUGUGGAUUUUAUUUUAUGCACCAUAUGGAUUUAUCCAGCCAAGAUACAAUUUGAUACAAUUUUAUUGGAAGCUUGUGUUCUGCUUUGGGACGAACAUUCCCAUCUCGAUUGGAUGUCAAAUAAUUUCGUUAUUUGAAGGAAGCGGUCAAGGGUUGCAGUGGUCUUCAUUGUUCGAGGGCUCAAGUCCCGACGACAAUUUUAACAUGGCGUACUCUUUAAUAAUGAUGGUGUUUAAUGGCUUUCUCCACCUUUUCAUUACGUUCUACAUCGAAGCAGUUUGGCCUGGCGAGUACGGAAUCCCACUGCCUUACAACUUUUUCCUAAAGAAAUGGUACUGGACAGGAGGUUCAAAGGAUGGUUUUGAUUUCGACUUUGACACUCCUCAAUCAAUAAACAACAACGGAACAAACAUUGAACCAAGCUCGCGCAACUUGAAAGCAGGCAUCCAAAUCAAAAACUUGACAAAAAUUUUUGGACGCAAAACUGCAGUCAAUAAAUUGAAUUUGGAGAUUUAUGAAGGCCAAAUCACGGCAUUACUUGGGCACAAUGGAGCUGGGAAAACAACUACAAUUUCAAUGCUAACUGGAUUAUUUCCCCCAACUUCGGGAACUGCAAGUAUUGCAGGAUUCGAUAUUCACAGAGAUAUGGACGCAAUUAGACGCAGCCUUGGAAUAUGCCCUCAACAUAAUGUACUUUUCGAUGAACUAACGGUUUCGGAACACUUGGAAUUCUUCUGUUUGUUGAAAGGCAUGGAAAAGCAUUUAGUUGAUCCUGAGAUCAACCGACUUUUAGCUGCCGUUGGACUAGAGAGUAAGCGACAUGAGAAAAGCCGUACUUUGAGCGGAGGCAUGAAGAGAAAGUUGAGCGUUUUAAUUGCCCUGUGUGCUGGAUCCAAGAUUUGUCUGCUUGACGAGCCAACAAGCGGUAUGGAUGCAGGGUCUCGGCGAAAUAUUUGGGAUCUCAUUCAAAGUGAAAAGAAGGGGAGAACCAUAAUUUUGUCGACACACUUUAUGGAGGAGGCUGACGUUCUUGGUGAUCGGAUAGCGAUAAUGGCUGAAGGGGCUGUGGAAUGCUGUGGUUCUUCGCUGUUCCUGAAAAAGCGAUAUGGCGGUGGCUACAAUUUGAUAAUUGUUAAGAAUCCAAACUGUGUGAUUGAUAAUAUCACGAACCUGCUGAAACAUAGCAUCCCAGACGCAGAAAUUGACCAAAAUGUUGGGGCUGAGCUUAGCUAUAUUUUACCAGACUCCCAAUCGCACCUCUUUCCAGCAGUUUUCGAGGACUUGGAGGCAAGACGAGAGGAAUUGGGAAUUGCAAGUUAUGGGGCCAGCAUCACAACUAUGGAAGAGGUUUUUAUGAGAGUGCUCAAACAAGCUGAAUCCAGACACUCUCCAAUAUCAAAAGACUUGGACAUUGUGAAGGACACUUCAGGUCAACAUAUGGAAAUAAAUCACAUGGAUUUGGCAUUAUUGGACUCGAGCUUCCUCUUCAAGAAAGAACCACUCAAGAGAAAUUCUGGCGUUGCACGAUUGUUUCAACAAAUGUGGUCAAUGAUCUUGAAAAAAUUACUUCACGUUUCGAGGAACAAAUUUUUAGUCCUAUUUCAGCUCGUCCUACCCUUGUUGUACCUCAACAUAACGUUUUUCGCUUUACAAGCUUUUCCAGGCUUCCGAAAUCCAGAAGCACUGAAUGUAGCUACUUUGGAGCGUUACGAGGUUGUUGGAAAAACAACUACGUUUGUGAAAUGCUUGAGCACAAACUCUAGCAGUGGAUUUUGUUCAGACUAUGUGGAUUAUGUGUCUUCCCGGUUUGCUGUCGAAAACUUGGGCGACGAGAACGUUAACAACAAAAUUCUAAAAGAGCUCUCAAAGAAUUUAGUGAAUGUGAAUUACAAGUACAUUGUGGCAUUUGAGGAGAAAUUUAAUACACAAAAUAAUCUCACGGAUUUGAUUGCGUACUUCAACAAUCAACCCUAUCAUGGACCCCCAGUGUCUCUUAACUUUGUGUCAAAUUCGCUGCUUAAGAAGAGCAACCAUACCAUCACCACCUACAAUCAACCCUUCCCAUUCAGCACUUUAGAUUCUGUCAAGGAGUCGGGGAGUGUUUUAACACUGGGAUUUCAAGUGGGAUAUAAUAUUGCAAUCGCCAUCAGUUUCCUCAUCUCAGCGUAUGUUGUCUUCUUGGUUCGCGAAAGACAAUCAGGAUGCAAGCACUUGCAAUUUGUCUCGGGAGUCAAGUUCUGGUUGUACUGGGGCUGUCAUUUCGUGGUGGAUUACUUUACUUACUCCCUCACCGUUAUUGGACUUCUGAUCUGUUUGAACAUACACCAAAUUGAAGAGUUCAUGGACAGAGAGGUCCAAAUCUACUUUGUAGUUUUGAUGGGAUUGUUUGGGCUCGCAAUUCUACCACUCACAUAUCUCUUGUCAUUUGUGGCUAGUAAUCCGACAACUGCAUAUAGCAGAUUGGUCAUACUAUUCAGUAUUAUGGGGCUAGUUCCGAUGAUCGCGAUGGUGUUUAUUUGCAUGCCAGGAUUUUACCUUGACCACCUCGCAGACGGCGUCAAUUCAUAUCUUUUGAUAUCUCCGAAUUAUGCGAUGGGACAAGGAAUUAUGCAGCUGUCUGUUAACUACCACCUGCGGAGUUUUUGUGGCAGUCUCGAGUUUUUGGAAGACAUUUGCGCCGCCUCAAAUGACAAAUUUUGCUGUCAACAAUUGAAACAAAAUUAUUUGGAUUGGGAACGGAUGGGAGUAGGAAAAAAUGUAGUAUAUCUGAUAAUCUCGGCCACCUUUUACAUUGUUUUACUAUUGUCGGUCGAGUUCAAAGUGUUUAAAAAAAUUCGAGAUAUCUUCAGAAAACCUGUCUCAAUUUUGGACGAUAAUGAAUCAGACAUCCAAGACCCAGUGGGACUUGAAGAUUCUGAUGUUCUCAAUGAAGAGGAAAAAAUUAGAAAAACUGAUCUGCAAACUUUGUUUAAGUCUGAGAGACUUGUUGUUCGAGACUUAACAAAGACGUACAAGAAGUUUUUAGCUGUUGACCACCUCAACUUUUCUGUUCAACCAGGGGAAUGCUUUGGUUUGCUUGGAGUGAAUGGUGCCGGAAAGACAACUACGUUCAAACAGCUUACAGGAGAUAUUCCUCCAACUGCGGGAGAUGCGUUUGUUUGUUCAAAUAGCAUCCGCACAAAUCUUCGCCAGGUUCACGAAAAUAUUGGUUACACUCCACAAUUUGAUGGCCUCAUAGACGAAUUAACGGCUCGGGAGACAAUAAGAAUGUUUGCACGGUUGAAGGGAGUACCAGAAAAGCACAUCAAGGACCUUAUUAACGAGCUCGGCCAAGUUUUAAUAUUUGCAGAGCACUUGGACAAGCGAACUGGUGAUCUUAGUGGGGGAAAUAAAAGAAAGGUGUCGACGGCCUGUGCAUUAGUAGGCAAACCGGAAGUCGUAUUACUUGAUGAACCAAGCUCAGGGAUGGAUCCUGUAGCAAGGCGACAUUUAUGGAAUGCUAUCAGUAUGAUUCGAGAUGCCGGAACAUCAAUCGUUUUAACAACUCACAGUUUGGAGGAAGCAGAAGCAUUAGUCACAAGGAUGGGCGUCAUGGUCAAUGGGAGAUUCCGUUGUAUUGGAUCGCCCCAACACCUCAAGAAUAAAUUUUCAAAGGGAUACACACUAAUUGCUCAAACCAAAAUGAAAAUUCUUGACGAGAUGAACGAGCCGUUUACGAGGUCCAUGGAGGAGAGAGGAAGACGUCGAAGCAGCGUUAGAACAAUUAGAGGAAGCUCCUUCGUGCAGCGUUCUCCUCUUAACGUUAGGUAUUGGGAGCUAGCUUUAGAUGACCUCAGAACAUUUAUCGAAGAUGCAUUCCCAGACUCUGUCCUCAAAGAUAUCCAUCCUGGAUUCGUGCAUUAUCACGUCACGCCAAGUGAUAACGUUAGUUGGGGAAAAAUGUUUACAAUAAUGGAGGAAGCAAGAGUCAAAUUUUCACUUGAGGCCUAUUCGGUAGGCCAAACUAGUUUAGAGCAGGUGUUUUUGAAUUUUAGUAAAGCUCAGAUAAAUGAGCAAUAAGUCCCAGUUCCAAGUUCAAUCCAGACGUUCCUAACUAACAUAUUAACUUAAAAUACGAUUUUAAGCUAAAAAACAUUCAUAUUUAUACAACUAUACAAACAUAUAAAUUGUCGAGUUUAGCUUAGCUUCCACUUUUAUUAUGCUACUAAAAGAAUAAAAUACUUGCAAUGCAAUAUUAAGUAUAAUAAAUUUUUGCUG